GUCUUCGUGUUCUCAUCAUCGUGAUAACAUCCAAGCACUGGUCAUCCUGUUUUGCAUUAUAGUUGUGUUAGAUGUCAAGAUAAAAAAGUCGUAUUUUGUUCGCACAACAAAUGUGCGUAUCGAAAUGUAAUUAGUGUACAUACCUUGUUAUAAUAAGCUUUUAAUUAAAAUGACAAUGGCAUGGAAGCAAGUUAAAGAACACUUAGGAGUUGCUAUACAUAACUUUGUACAUGGGACUCCUUAUGCAAUGCAAUUAACUGUUGGAGAAAUGGUACAGAUAUUAGAAGAAUAUGGAGAUUGGUAUUAUGGACGUAGUAAAUUUAAAGGGACAUGUGGGAUUUUCCCAAAAUCUUAUAUACACAUUUUACAACAAUCGGUGAAUAUGGACUGUUUAAUACAUGAAAUCACUAAUGUUUUACGAGAAUGGGGACACCAUUGGAAGCAUCUAUAUGUAAUUCAUUCUAUGCACUUCAAAACAAUGCAACAACAGAUUUUAGAGUUAAUAGGAUAUAGAAGCAAAAUUCUAAGUGGCACAUUGACAGUAGAUGAAUUAAAGGAUGUGAAAAGAUUAGCAACAGCUAGAAUUGAUACUGGUAAUCAAUUAUUGGGCAUGGAUAUGGUUGUACGUGAUGAUCAAGGGAAUGUUCUUAAUCCUGAAGAAACAAGUACAAUUCAAUUAUAUUAUCAUCAUGAAACAGCUGCAGAAAGAAUAAGAAAGGCAGCUAAUGAUACAAAACAUAAGCCUUCAAAACCACAAGCACCAGUAUACUCACAUAUCUUCUUUAUUAGUGUAAGAAACUUCGUAUGUAAAAUGGCAGAAGAUGUAGAAUUGUUAUUAACUUUGUACGAUGGGAGAGAAAUGAAAGCUGUUACUGAAAAUUAUGUUGUGUCAUGGAGCAAGGAAGGACUUGCCAGAGACAUAGAUCAAUUACACAAUCUUCGAGUUUUAUUUACAGACCUUGGUUCUCGAGAUUUAACUAGAGAUAAAGUUUACUUAGUUUGUUAUGUAAUUAGAGUAGGAGGUAUGGAAGCUAAAGAUGCUGAUCAUCGACGUUCAAGCGUAGCACAAACUAAUCAAAAAGUCAAAAAUACUGAAAAUAUGAGAAGACCAUUUGGUGUAGCAGCAAUGGAUAUUACUUUAUACAUUACUGGUAAACUUGAGGGUGAUUCAGAUCAUCAUCAUUUUAUUCCAUUUGUACAAUGUUGUGAGAAAGAAAGUUUGGAUGGUACAUUACGUAGAAUUCUUUCCCAAAAAGAAAUAAAUAUUCAAAAAAGUAGUAAUGGCAAUAGUGGCAGCUUUGCUGGUGGUCAAGGUUUAUGGGCUAGCUUAAAGUUGCUUAGGGGAGAUCCAAAACAAGUACGUGAUGAAAAUCCACAUCUAGUACUUGGUAAUGUUGCUAUUGCAAGAAAAAUGGGAUUUCCAGAAGUUAUUUUACCAGGUGAUGUGAGGAAUGAUUUGUACCUCACAUUGAUUAGUGGUGAAUUUAAUAAAGGAUCAAAGUCUACAGAUAAAAAUGUUGAAGUUACAGUUAAAGUAUGCAAUGAGUUUGGUGUACCAAUACCAGGAGUUAUGACAUUAGGUGGUGGAGCUUCACCUAUUGAUGAAUAUCAUAGUGUUAUUUAUUAUCAUGAAGAUAAACCUAGAUGGUGUGAAACAUUUAAAAUUGCUAUUCCAAUUGAAGAAUUUAAACAAGCACAUUUAAAAUUUACAUUUAAACAUCGAAGUUCAAAUGAAGCAAAAGAUAAAUCCGAAAAACCUUUUGCCUUAAGUUAUGUGAAAUUGAUGCAGCGUAAUGGAACAACAUUGCAAGAUAUACAGCAUGAGCUACUAGUUUAUAAAUUAGACCAAAAGAAAUAUGAAGAAAUUGAUAUUUCAUAUUUGAAAUUGCCAUCUACAAGGGGUGAAUUGGUUGAAUUAAAUUUAGAAAAAAAACCAACAUUAGGAGCGCUUACUUUAAGUAGUAAAGACAGUUUUCUGAUAGCGACUAAUAUUUGUUCAACAAAAUUAACGCAAAAUGUAGAUUUAUUAGGUUUAUUGAACUGGGCAUCGCACAAUACAAAUUUAAGAGAAUCUCUGAUUGCUUUAAUGAAAGUUGAUGGUGAAGAAGUAGUGAAGUUCCUACAGGAUGUUUUAGAUGCUUUGUUUAACAUAUUAAUGAGUAAUUCAGAUAGUGACGUUUAUGAUGAUAUGGUGUUUGAAUGUUUAUUAUAUAUUAUUGGGCUUGUGUCUGAUAGAAAAUACCAACAUUUUCAACCAGUAAUGGAUUUGUAUAUUUCUGAGAGUUUCUCUGCAACGCUCGCAUACAAAAAAUUGAUUAGUGUAUUACGUAAACGUAUAGAUAAUGCAACUAAUAAUGACGGACAAGAACGUGAUAUAUUACUCAAGACAAUGAAAAGUCUUCAAUACUGCAUGAGAUUUGUUGUAGAAUCCCGUCUUUUAUUUACUGCGUUAAAUCAAGAUGAAGAGGAGUUCUCUCAAACUUUAACAGAAUUAUUGAGAUCUAUAGUUGAACUCAUGAGGCACGAAACAGAUAGUACUUUAUUAGUUCAAGGAGCAUGCUUGAAAUAUUUACCAACUACUAUACCCCAUUUGUUACGAGUAUAUAGUGGCAAGCAGUUGAGCACAAUUUUGACUGACUUAUUAGUUACUUUACCAGUAGGAAGAUUAACUAAACAAAAAAUGAUGACAGUGAAUGAUAUUGUUCAUAGCCCCCUUUUUUUAAGUGCAGAAUGCAGAGCAAUUUUGUUACCUAGAAUUAUUAUUUUGGUUCGUGAUUUAUUGGAAGCUAAAGAAGAGGGGCUGUCAAGUACGCCUGGAAAUAGCGUGGCGAAGGUAGCCAGGCUGCUCGGCGAAAAACGACACCGACUCAACCAGCACCGUGGCUACUCUGAAGAGGUAGAAUUGUGUGUCAAGAUUUUAUCUGACAUCCUGGAAUUAACAUUUAGGAAAGAUAUAGGAAGCACUAUACAGGAUGUGAAACAAAUUAUGCUUACUGCUCUACGGACCAUUAUACAGACAGUUAUAUCAAUGGAUAGAGAAAAUCCAUUAGUAGGAAAUUUAGUUUCAAUUAUGUUAGCAAUAUUCAGACAAAUGACACAACAUCAUUAUGAAAUUUAUAUAAAUCACUUUGGAACUAAAUUUGAUUUGCUUGAUUUCCUCAUGGAAAUAUUAUUAGUAUUUAAAGAUUUAGUAUCAAAAAGUGUAUUUCCAGGAGACUGGUGUGAAAUGAUUAUGCUUCAAAAUAGUAUAAUUUUAAAGUCAUUGCGUUAUUUCUCGGGUACUAUUAGGGAUUAUUUUUUUACUGAUUUUGAACAGCAAGCUUGGUCCAAUUUUUUUCAUUGUGCAAUUGCGUUUUUGACUCAACCAGCCUUACAGUUGGAAACAUUCACGCCAUCAAAACGCAAUCGUAUUGUUUUACGCUAUAAUGAUAUGCGAAGAGAAACAGCGUUUGAAAUACGAUCAAUGUGGUUUAAUUUAGGACAGUAUAAAAUAUUAUUUGUUCCGGGUUUAGUUGGAGCAAUAUUAGAAAUGGCAUUAAUUCCAGAAAGUGAAUUAAGAAAAGCUACUAUUCCUAUAUUUUUUGAUAUGAUGCAAUGUGAAUUUUAUAGUUCACGUAUUGUUGAAGGAUAUGGUGAUACUAAACGUGAUCCGGCUCACAUAAAAGCUAAUUUCACAGAAUAUGAAAAUGAAAUGAUUGCAAAAUUAGAUAUAUUGGUUGAAGGAGGCAGAGGAGAUGAACAAUUUCGUUUGCUUUGGAUUCAAGUAAUGGGUAAUCUUUGUGAAAAGCACUCAACUAUGCGAGAACAAGGAUUACGCUUUGUUGAUACAGUAGCUAAACUUAUGGAACGCCUAUUACAAUAUCGUGAUAUCAUACAUGCUGAGUCUCAGGAACAUAGAAUGCUGUGUAUUGUAAACUUACUAGAAUUUUACUCUGAAAUAAAUAGAAAAGAAAUGUAUAUUAGAUAUGUGAAUAAGCUUUGUGAGCUACAUUUGGAGUGUGACAACUACACUGAAGCAGCAUAUUCUUUGAAACUUCAUAGUCAAUUACUAGCUUGGAGUGAUCAACCAUUACCGCCACUUUUAAGAUCGCAUAGAUAUUUAGCGUGUCAAACGCAUCGUGAAUUAAAAGAGGCAUUAUAUAAUGAUAUGAUCGAAUACUUUGAUAAAGGUAAAAUGUGGGAAUGUGCGCUUGCAGUAUGUAAAGAAUUAGUUACACAAUACGAAGAAGAGACAUUUGAUUAUUACCAACUUUCUGUAUUAUUGACGCGCAUGGCAAGGUUUUAUGACUCAAUAGUAAAACAAUUAAGGCCUGAGCCUGAAUAUUUUAGAGUUGCGUAUUAUGGACGUGGUCACCCAGCAUUUUUACAAAAUAAGGUAUUUAUUUAUCGUGGAAAAGAGUAUGAGCGUCUCAGUGAUUUUUGUUCACGAACAUUAAAUCAGUUACCAAAUGCAGAACAAAUGAAUAAAUUGUCUCCUCCUACUUCGGAAAUGCUAGAAUCCAAUCAUCAAUAUGUCCAAAUUAAUAGGGUAGAUCCAUUAAUGGAUGAAAAAAGGCAUCGUCUUAGUGGGAAACCUAUAACAGCAGAAGCAGUUUUGAGAUAUCAUCGAGUGAACGACGUUCAACGUUUUCGGUUUUCAAGACCAGCACCAAAGAAAGAUUUAAUCUCUACUACUGCAAAUUCUGGUGAUAAAGAAACGAAUACUGUUACCAAUAACGAGUUUGCUUCACUAUGGUUAGAAAGAACAGUACUCGUUACGAGUCACCCUUUGCCAGGCAUUCUUAGAUGCUUCCCUGUUACAUCUAGUGAAACCUAUUUAGUUAGUCCCCUUCGUAAUGCAAUUGAAACAAUGGAAGCUACAAAUACUACAUUAAGAGAUUUAAUCUUAGCACACAGAGCUGAUAAUAAUAUUCCGCUAAAUCCGCUUAGUAUGAAACUAAAUGGUAUAUUAGAUCCAGCGGUAAUGGGUGGUAUAGAUAAUUAUGAGAAAGCGUUCCUUAAUUCUGAAUAUCGCAGUGCUCAUCUAGAAGAAAGUUCCGAUCUUUUAAAACUAGAGGGGCUAAUCGCUGAACAAAUUCCAUUACUGAGUGUUGGUGUCCAAUUACAUAAAGUACGUGCUCCGCCUGAAUUGACUCCGUUUCAUCAACGUUUGGAGCAAUGUUUUACAUCAAUGCGGAAUCAAGUAGAGGCGAAAUAUGGGAAAAGGACAUGCGAUCUACAAAUUGAAAGCUUAACUCAACCUGUUAUGAUGAGAAGACAUCAAAGUUCAAGAGGCGAGAAUAAUCGAUUAUCUGAAUCACAUAUUAUGAAUUCAGACUGUGGAACUCACUCCAGGGUAUCCUCUCUUACAAGAUCCCAAGUUGCAACAUUCAAGUCGCUCGCCUCAUUCAAUUUUAACAACAGUAUACCUUCAUCUGGUACUCAAAACGUCAGUUUGUCAAGGAAUUGUUCAAUACGUUCACAUAUAUUAUCAACUGCAUCUCUACAAAAGGCAUUAGGAAGUCCAAGUCCAGGGACAAAUAAAAAGAAAGAUUCAAAACGAAGAAGUUCACGCAAGAGUGAUUCAGUUGCAUCAACAAAAAGUGAUCAGCCGACGAGUCAGUGGUAUACUACAGCAGAUGUACCACAAAUUACGUCGUCCCCUGUCACUCCAUUAAUGUCCAGUUUUCCUACUACUCCAAUAUUCGAACUUCGUCAAGAGCUAACACCUAAACGCCCUUUGAGGUCGGAAGUAGAAAAGGAAAGAAGAAUAAGUAAUCGUUUAUCUGGGCAAUCUCAACAUUAUUUAAGGAACAUAAACAAUGGAAUGGAUUCAAGUAGUUUAGGGAAAGGAAAUAGAGAUAGUAUUGGUACUACAGACAGUACAGCGUCUGAAGAUGACCCACCACCACCCUUACCUAUGAAAACACGCGAGGCUGAUUAUUGUAAUCUUCCAGAAGAAUUGCCUGUUCAGCAUUGUGGAACAGGUAGCCUAAAUAACUUUAAUCGAUCUUUAGGACAAUGGUCAAAAAACAAACUUCCAACCCCUACAGACGAUCUUGACAUUCAAACAAAGCCACCCACUCCACCUCCGAAGCCAAAAAGGCCGCCUUAUAGCUUAAACAAACUUAUUCUUCCCUCAGAUAUAGAUAAUUUUAGUCAAGACCCGUCCGUAACUUGAUUCAAAUUAUUUGAUGAUCAUGUGUCUUGCCAGUAUACUGAAAAUUACAUAUAAUGGUUAUACAUAUAGGCUCUAGUUACAGUAGGAAAUUAAAAAGUUACCAUUUACAUCUUAUUAUGUACCUUUUCUUUUUGUAAAGUAAAAAACUAUCUAUCACUGUUAAGGAUAACAGAAUAGUAGUAGUUCAGCAUAUUUUCAGUAACAUGACAAAUGUAUUGAGAAUUAGAUUUAAUUUUAUACUUUUACCUUUAUUCCAUCCAAUCGAGAAAUUUUUGAAUAAAUUGAAUAUAUUGCUAUUAAAUAUGAUAAAGGUAUAACAAUUUUUAAAAAAAAUUUACAAUUUAUAAUUUUAUACUUAUAAAUGGAAAAACAUCUUUAUAUAUGCAUAUAUAUUAUAAAUUCUUCACUUUAUAUUUUAUAAAUACAUUUAUAGAAGUAUAAGUUUGGAAUAUACCUGUAUUCACAAAUGUUAAUUAACAUAUUGAGCAUAUUUACUAAUGCCAUUGAUAUCAAAGUCUUUCAUUUAUAGAAGACUUUAUACUCAUUACAAGACAUAUAUAUAUAUUAUAUAUUAUAUAUAUAUAUAUAUAAAAGUUAUGCAUAAUAUGUUUCUUAAGAAGCAGAUAUUAGAAUUUUCACUGCGUAUUUUUAUAGAUUUUUAUAAUACGUGUUUACUCGAUUUUCGCUGUAAUAACAUUUUUGAACAAAUUAUACUGUUAUUGUUGCUAAUCUUUUUUAAUAUAGAUAAAAUUUAGAAAGCUGUUUUUAAAUUUGAAAUAAUUUUUUAAUAUCUGUUUUCUUUGAAAGCUCGAUUUUAUAUAUACACCAUAGUAUUAUUAAUACCUAACUAUUACCUAAGCAUUACCAAUUUAUUGUGAUGUACUAAUAUAAAUUAAAAGUUUGUUUUUACGAAUCAGUUGACAAGAUGAUGUUUAAAAUGUUAAAUUAUUUAAAACAAUGAAGACUUAAUUUUAUAUAAUCCUGAAAUAAAAAAAUAAGUCACUUUGUAUGCAGUACACAAUCAGUAUAUUAUAGAGUUUAUAGCAUGUUUAUUUACUCAAUUUUUAUAUAUCAUGACAGAAUAUUUUAUAACGAAACAAAUUUUUAUGUAUUUUUAUACAAUUAUACAAAUUUGUUAUAAAGCACUACAUCAUUCGACAGGAUUAUUGUGUUUUUGUUUUUGACAUGCAAAUGUAUAACAAAUUUGUAAGAAAAAGCAAACGUAUCUUCGAUUAUAAAAUAUUAUAUAAUUUUUUAAAUUGCGAUUAUUAUGUGAGUCUCAUACCAAAGAGAUUAGUGCUUUAUUUAUUUUGUUAAUAGGUUGUAUAUGUCAUUUAAGAAAUGUUAUAUCACGCAUUAUUCACAUAAAACAAAAACAAAUAAAUUCGUUCUUUUCAAA